UUCGCUUGACCUUGUUGUGUGAGCGCGUCAGAGAGAGAGAGAGAGAGAGCAGAACAGGUUUGAACGGCAGACUGACGCUGUUUCUGGCAGACUGAAGAGAGACUGGAGCAGCUUCUCCCUGAAGGAGGACGCUGUGUGUUUUUCCUGCAACCAAACCGGAGAACGAGUGGAGUAAAUUUAAAAAAUAAAAUAAAAACAUUUUUGGGGUUUUCCCCACAUUAGUGUAUCAGCUCGGCACUGUGAGGAAAAAAAGAGGGGGAGAAUCGGUGAAAUCCCGGUGGAAGAAGCUGCUUUUUAUUUUCCUGAGCAAAGAAACGCCAACAAAGAGCGUUCAAGGAAGUAGGCUGCUUGCCUGGCGAGGAAACGUAAGUUAGUUUAGCAACAAAUCCAAAGUAAAGCGGCGGAUAGAGACCUCGCCAUGGCGCACAACGGACUCUUCCGUGCGCUUUUGUCUUUAUUUGUUUGUGUCCUCUUCCUAAACGUGGGGAUUUUCCGAGUGAACGGGCAGUACGGCGGCGGCGGUGACCGAGGAAUGUCUAUACCGGAGCACGGAUUCUGCCAGCCCAUUUCCAUCCCGCUGUGCACGGACAUCGCGUACAACGAGACCAUCAUGCCGAACCUGCUCGGCCACUCCAACCAGGAGGACGCCGGGCUGGAGGUGCACCAGUUCUACCCGCUGGUCAAAGUGCAGUGCUCCCCGGAUCUAAAGUUCUUCCUGUGCUCCAUGUACGCGCCGGUGUGCACGGUGCUGGAGCAGGCGCUGCCGCCGUGCCGCUCUCUGUGCGAGCGGGCGCGGCAGGGCUGCGAGGCGCUCAUGAACAAGUUCGGCUUCCAGUGGCCCGACAGCCUCGCCUGCGAGUCCUUCCCGGUGCACGGCGCCGGGGAGCUGUGCGUCGGGCAGAACAUGUCGGACCGCGCCGACUCCGACGCCCCCAGCGCGUACCCCACCGAGCGCCCACUGCCGGACUUUCCGAGCGGGCAGUUCAGGUGCCCCUCCUCGCUCAGGGUGCCCCCUUACCUGAACUACCGCUUCCUCGGGCAGGAGAACUGCGGAGCCCCCUGCGAGCCGAAGCGAUCUCACGGGAUGAUGUACUUCAGCGAGGAGGAGCUCAAAUUCGCCCGGAUAUGGAUUGGGAUCUGGUCCGUGCUGUGUUGUGCUUCCACCUUAUUCACUGUGCUGACCUACUUGGUGGACAUGAAGCGCUUUAGCUACCCGGAGCGGCCCAUUGUCUUCCUCUCCGGCUGCUACACCAUGGUGUCCAUCGCCUACAUCGCUGGGUUUCUACUGGAGGACAAGGUGGUCUGCAACGACCGGUUCGACAACGACAUCAGGACUGUGGUGCAGGGCACCAAGAAGGAGGGCUGCACCAUCCUCUUCAUGAUGCUGUACUUCUUCAGCAUGGCCAGCUCCAUCUGGUGGGUCAUCCUGGCGCUCACCUGGUUCCUCGCGGCGGGCAUGAAAUGGGGCCACGAGGCCAUCGAGGCGAACUCGCAGUAUUUCCACCUGGCGGCCUGGGCGGUCCCGGCCAUCAAGACCAUCACCAUCCUGGCGGUGGGGCAGGUGGACGGCGACGUGCUGAGCGGGGUCUGCUUCGUCGGCAUCAACAGCGUGGACGCGCUCCGAGGCUUCGUCCUGGCCCCGCUGUUUGUUUACCUCUUCAUCGGGACCUCGUUCCUGUUGGCGGGCUUCGUGUCGCUGUUCCGCAUCCGCACCAUCAUGAAGCACGACGGCACCAAGACGGAGAAGCUGGAGAAGCUGAUGGUGCGGAUAGGGAUCUUCAGCGUGCUGUACACGGUGCCGGCGACCAUCGUCAUCGCCUGCUACUUCUACGAGCAGGCCUUCAGGGAGCAGUGGGAGCGGACGUGGAUCAGCCAGACCUGCAAGACGUACGCGGUGCCGUGCCCCGUCCAGAACCACCCCAACAUGAGUCCCGACUUCACCGUCUUCAUGAUCAAGUAUCUCAUGACGCUCAUCGUGGGCAUCACCUCCGGCUUCUGGAUCUGGUCCGGGAAGACCCUGAACUCCUGGAGGAGGUUUUACACGAGACUGGCCAACAGUAAACAGGGUGAGACCACGGUGUGAUGUGUUUUUUUUUUUUUUUUUUACCUCUCACACAGACUGCUGAGUGACAAACUGAAUGAUAAUCCUCUUUUUAUUAUUUUUCUUUUUUUUUUAUCGGACUUCCAGGAGACACUUGGUCUGUUUUUUUUAAUGUACAUAUACAUUUGUGAGAUUUUUGUAAGUAUAUAUUUGUAUUUAAAGAUUUUUAGAAAAUACUUCCUUUUUUUUUUUUUUUUUUUUUUUUAAAACAACACUUUUUCAUACUUUUUUUUUGGACAUAAUGGAAUUGUACUUAAAAUUAUCACGAAGAGCCCAGCUGACCGUCGAGGAUCCGGAAGGUCUUAUGACCUGACUUACUGUGGACACCACUGGGGAGUAUUUCUCAUGGAGUGUUGGCGUCUUUGAUCAGCGAGCCGCCUGUGAGCGCCGGGGUCUAUUCUAAGCAGAGUCCCGUGAAACCCAAGUGCUUCCUCGUGGCUCCCCCCCCCCCCGCCCCUCAUCCUUGAUUAACCAGCUGUAGUUUGUGUCUGUUAUACAGUCGAGCAGCAGUUGUCUGAAGGGGAAAUGUCAGCAGUGUUGGACAAGAAGCGCUGCACAGGUUGUGAAUGUGAGUCAUUGUGACAGAUGGUUGCGGCCUGUAGCUCGGGCCCCGACACUUUAAACAUUCCUCUCCAAAUAAAGCACACAGAACGAUAUCAGGACAAAAGGAGCACCCCAGAGUUUUUGCUUUUUUUUUUUUUUUGUUCUGAAAUGAUCUUUACACUUGAAUUCUGUUUAUAGCUAACAACAUAAGCAACAGUUUUCCUUUUUUAAUUCACCAGUAAAAAAUCAGCAGACUCUUAAACUCUCACCAUCAUGACUGUGCUGAUUUAAUUCAAAGAUUUAAUAUUUAGUAUCUUAAAUUCAUCAGACAGUCUCACACCUCCAUCCAAAACGUAAGCUAAGUUUUCAUUCCUUUUUUUUAUCACAACACCGGGGCUUCAGUUUAAUACAUUGUGAUAAUGUAAUCCAGUCUAUGGAUUGACAUUUUAUCCGUUUAUUUUUUUUUAUUAGGGGGGAAGUAGCAUCAUCAUAGAAAUCAGAAAAAUCAGCAGCAUAAAAUCAGAGGGGUUUUUUUUGUAAUCAGAAAAGUGAGAUGAGCAUCAGUCUCUGUUAUCAUAACACUCUUUUUUUUUUUUUUUAAUGCAGUCUCAGCAAAAGAAAUGAACACACGUCUGUAUCAGAUGUACGUGUAAAUGUUUUAUAGGGAAGAGAUUUUUCACAAUUCUUAAUUGCAGUAACAUUUCCCUCACACUCAUUCAUUCAGAUCAAAUGAAGCUGCCUGCUAGAAGAAGGAACACACUAAAAAGAGAAAAGCUCAGUCUGUUAAGUCAUAUGCAAUGCAAAGGUCUGAAACGUGCAGAAAUACUCGUGUGCUCCUUUUCAACUGUCAUUUAAAACAGGCUUUUUUUUCCUUAUUUUUUUAUGUUUUAAGUGAACAGAGGAAAUGAAUGAAAAAGAAGCCUGAGUGUGUUUCCAGCUUCUUUUUUCUUCUGUGUACAGUGCUGCUGUGGACACCCCUCUGAGCUGUUACAGUUUAUUUUGCUCCCCUAUAAUCUGCCUCCAAAGUCAGAAGAAUUUCCUUUUCAUGCCUCUAUUUCAACUUAAGGACAAAGUGUUCACACAGAUCAGUUCACCAGACGGAGAAUUAAUGUUUUUUUAAAGAUCCAACUACUAAAAUAGUCAUAAUAAUAAUUAGAAUAAUUGAUUUACUAUUUCGGUUAUUUAGAAGCAAUAAAAAAGGUCAGACAUCUUCAUGUGCCAACCUUUAAAAUGUAAGGUCAUCUAUGGAUGCAAGUCUUUUUUUGGGCUUUUUGAUUGUUAAUCUUGUUUUUUUUAAAGUGACCUCAGGCUGUGGAUGUUUAAUUAAAUUUUAUAAUCGAUAAAAAAAGUAUAAUCGAUAAACUGACAACUAGUAAUAAUCAGCUGAUGAAUUAAUAAUAAGGACAAAAACGUGUAGAUCAGAGGUUGUUUGUGCUGAUGAGAAAUGAUCACUGGGCCCCAUCACGUCUUCCUCUUCUUCAGAUCCGAUGUUGGAGCUGUAAGCUCUGGUUUCAACAUGAUUCAGUAUCUGUAAUCAUUCUGACUUUUUACUGCCGGUAAGAAGAAAAAAAAAAGAAGAAGUGGGAGAGCGUUUUAGGGUGUAUCAUUGAUUCAGUUUCGGGAAAAACAUGAGCAUGUUGUGAAAUGGACAGCUGUGGGGUCGAGGUGUAGUCCAGUUUUCUAAAAUGAAUCAUCAUAACUCCCUUUACUUUAUCUUUGAGAGAAGAAGAAGAGGACGUGGCGUUCUCAGAGAGCAUUUUUUAUUCCCUCUAAAUUCCUACAGGGAGAAAAAAAAAAAAAGGUUUUCAUGCAAACAAACGGAAAAACUUUAAAUCCCUGUCACGUCAUUAGAACACACCGAGUACAAAGAUAAAGUUAAAAAGCUCAAAUAUUUGUCUUUUUAUUUUAUAUUCUAUGCUCCUCAAUAACCUUUUAAACGUAGCGUUAUUCAAGCUGUGUGAGAGGAAGCUACACUUCCGCCUCUCCUCCUGCUUCUGUUUCUCAGAGCUUGUGACGUCAGACUUCGGCCAAUCACAGCUCGUCCCAGAGAGCGAGAGAGAGAGAGCGCGCGUACGUUAUUGGCUGUUUUUGUCUACUGCGGAUGAGCGUGCGUGUCCCUUGACAGCCCGAUUCUACGGCGGAUAAACGCGACAAAACCCAUGACAACAUCCGCAUAGCGUUCCCCGAGAUGCGGAUUCCAAGCGUGCCGCUCCCUCUUUUUUUUUUUUUUCUUUUUUAUCCUGGACAGGUUAGCUCUGAAAUGUCAUUCAUCCUGUGAUAUCUAAAUGUGUUAAAUGGUUUGAGUUAGGACAUUGAAAGCGGUAUAUGUAAUCAUCAGUAUGUGCGUUUGAGGCUCUUGCAUUAUGCCGUGUGCUCGUCUGGUUGGACAGUCUUAAAAAAAGGGGGGGGGGGGGGGGGGGGGGGGGGGGGCUGCAGGAAGAGGGAUGUAUUUAACAAUUCCUGGCAUUUUUUUUUUUUUCCUUUUCCAGAGAACUGCAGCUUUGAGGGGUGUCCAAACGUCAACGUGGCACUGUCUUUACGGUUAUAUCUACAACAUGGGAGCAGUUUUUCAUUUGAAUGUGUGUAACAAAACAUGUUUUCUGAUUCAUUCCCCCCCCCCCCCCCCAAACAACAUACUUUCUUGACGUGGAUGUUGGAUGUGUGUUGACGUAGGAGAGGAGACUUUGGGCUUGAUCUGCGGAGUAAUUCGAUCCUUGUGAAUAUAGCUGCGUGUCUGCACUGAGAGACUGAAAACGCAGCCAGCAGCUUGCAUGUGUGCAGGAGAAAGGAAGCCUUGUGUUGAAAUGCAGAGCGGCUGCUGUCAGUGCAGCGCAGCGCGGCUCACACACACACACACACACUCACACACACACACACACAUUAUGACUUGUGUUCUUGUCAGACGCUCCUUCACACGGUGCUUCCGGUUCAUAAUAAUCCUUUUUAUUGUGUUGACGGCUCUACAAUAGUCACAGCUUUGAAGUAAUUUUUUUUUUUGUUGUUGUUGCAUUUGCUAUGAAGAGAACCUUUAUAUUUAUAGAAAAGAAUCUUAUAUAUAUACACUACAUUGAUUGCUUUAUGAGAAUAAAAACAAUCUCACCACUGCAACUGUCAA